UAUCUUUUGUAACCCUUAUUUGAUGGCAACCGUAAAUUGGUAAUGGCCAAAACAAACUCGACUCCAAAUCUCAUUCCUGGCAAUAAUUGUUAUUCAUUCAUAUUCUUUUGUUGUCACCGAAAAGAGGAGAACGCAUCCCAUUGUCUCUUUGCAAAUCCUUCUUGCUAGCCCUGAAUCAUCUCAUCUUUUUCUUGAUGGCCACAAGUUUUAGCUAUUGGGAUGAUUGCGUUAACCAUCGUGACUUAGAAGCAAUGUGGAGGGUACCUGAAGUCAAAGCCGAAUGGUUAAAAGCUGGAGAAGUCAAAGGUGAAAAGGUUCACCUCUCACGUGAUCCUGAUGGCCAACCUUAUCUAACACAAACUGAAAUGAGGGCUGUCACAGACAUUAUUAUUAGAAGAAACUUUCCUUCACAGAUAGACCCUAGAAUGGUUUGUGCUAUUGCUGAACUUGAAAGUGAUAGACAAUUACUUGUUAUGCGAACUACCCCCAACUCUAAAGAACUUACUGUAGGCCUUAUGCAAAUCUUACCAAAAACUGCUCAUUGGUUGAUGAGUGACUUAGGUUAUGGCGCUUAUGGAAUAGAAGGGAGUCAAGCUCUCCUUUUUCAACCAUUUACAAAUGUAUACUUUGGGGCUGCUUAUAUUAGAUGGUUAUCAAAUUUCGAAGAUAUAGCAAGAAGUGAAGAGUUUAUUGUGAGAGCAUAUAAAGGUGGUACAAAAAAAGUAACUCACAAAUCAACUUUGCAAUUUUGGAAAAGCUAUCUCUUAGCCAAAGAAAGUUUUCCGUCAAGAAAUUCUUUUGAUGAAAGAAGAUCUGAGUUCAGGAGUGGUCUAUCUCAAGCUCAUUCUCGUACUGGAUCUGUCGGAUCUUUUGUACUUUUAUCAGAUAUUUCAAAAGAAACAAGUGGUGACACAUACUGGGACUCUAGAGUAUCUGCAGAAAAUAUGGAAGAUAUGUGGAAUCAUCCUGUUGUCCGAAAAGAGUGGAUUAAAUCCAAACAGGAACCAGGGAAAGUGCUUAUGGCUCGUGAUGAAAAGAAUAGGCCAUAUCUUUCUCGAGCCGAAUUGAAGGCAGUUGCAGAUAUAAUUCUAUUCAAAUACCUUCAAACAAAGAAAAUGAAAUCUACAAUACUUUGUGCCAUUUCAGAAGUUGUAAGCAUGCGUUUUCUACAUGGAGUUGGAGAGCGACCAGGAAUAAUGGGAAUUAGCUAUUCCACAGCCUACUGGAUUUACAUGCAAUUGGGCUAUAGGGCUUAUAAACUUGAAUCCCCUGAAGAUUUAUACAAUCCAUUUAUUUCCAUGUACUUUGGUGCUGCCUAUGUGACAUGGUUAUCCGAAUAUGAAGAGAGUUGUAUCAACUAUGCAUAA